AUGCACUACGGAGCGUCAAGCGCAGCAAAUAAAGGAACAUACUCCAUGGUACCACAUGAUACGGAUUACACCCAAACACUUGGAUCCCCCUUCAUCUCUUUCUACGAAAAGCUCAUGAUGAACAUACAUUACAGAUGUCUUGAAAAGUGCGGUAAGAAUGCCAAUGCAGCAAAAUGUGCAAUGGGCGGCUUUCCAAAUCCGCGCGACUGCCGCAUAUGUGUUUGUCCAAGCGGCUAUGGAGGCAAACUCUGUGAUAAGAGGGUAUUGGUGUCUAUGUUUACGCGCUCCAAUCUAACCAUUCUUGCAGCCAUCGGGGCGCCAAGAGGAAAGAAAGUGGAGGUCAAGGUGAUGAGCUUCACUGGCGGUAUAGCAAGUGACGGAUGUCCUUAUGGGGGAGUUGAGAUAAAGGCUCACAAGGACCAGCGUCUCACUGGAUACAGAUUCUGUGCUCCUGAGAAUGCUGGAAAAACAUUAAUAUCACACUCAAACGUUCUGCCUGUGAUCACUUACAACAGAGUCAACAAAACCAUUACAACUUUGGAAUAUCAUUCC